CGUGCCGUGCGGGUUGCCUACCUCGGUUUUGUGUUUGUAAAGUAGCCCAAGAGGUCCUGGAUUCCUGAACGGAUGCCGGCUGGUCCUGAUUCCGCGGUAUCGAGUGAGGAUUUUUCCAGUGGGAAUUGAGUGCAGGCCGACCAACAGAGUGUAAAUGACCCACCGACCCAACCGGACCCCGAGCGUUGCUACGUCAUCAGUCGACACCAACCUGAUUCAAGCGUUCCUUUCGUCGAGCGUUCCUCUCUCUACUCUCUCUCGUCAUGGCUAGAACAGCGCGAGUGGCAUCACCUCUGGCGGCGUAGAAGCGUACCUCGGCCGGUCGCGUUCGCCUGCUAGAUCGCGUGAUGGGGUGCGAACUGGGAAAACUCGCAGGGGGCGGAAACUCCGACGACAACGGGAAACUGGACGACGUAGCGCCCCCUGCUACAGUUGAUUCGAGGCUGCCGCUCACCGCUAAGCAGAAAUACAACAUGAUGGCCUCGUGGAAGGGCAUCAGCAGGGCCAUAGAGAGCACGGGAGUCUGCAUGUUCUUGAAAUUGUUCGAAGAGCACGCUGAGCUGCUUAGUCUCUUCGAGAAAUUCAAGGAGCUGAAAACGAAAGAAGACCAGGCCAACAGUCUGGAGUUGCAGGAACACGCCAGUACCGUAAUGACCACGUUGGAUGAGGGUAUCAAAGGCCUCGACAACUUAGACGCGUUUUUCGAUUACCUGCAUCAAAUAGGCGCUUCUCAUCGAAGGAUACCGGGCUUCAAAGUCGAGUAUUUCUGG